GCGGAGGUACGAAUAUGAAUGUCUGUUGAAUCUCGAAUAUGAAACUGAUUUCACCUCGGUGUCAUACCGAACGUAUGAAAAUUAUGCUCUAAGUAUCUUUUUCCUAGAACUCAACACGGGCGGAGCGUAAACUUUGGGGACCUGUCUUGGAAAAUAGAAGUUAUUCAUUUGUCACCGAUCAGCUAGACUUUGAAUAGUGCAUAUUAACGGGACUAUACGGUCGUGGGCUACACUACCCAUCUCCAACAUGUCUCUUUUCACAUUUGUAUGUGCGAUUUUUACUAGAGUUAUUUUUAUUAUAAUAUCACUCAUCGGAGUCUGGAGAGUGACGUGGAUCAAACAUGAUAACAUGUACUGGUUGUUGACGUUCCUUUUUAUACCUUUCGUUAUUGAAAUGGUGAUAGCAUUAAAAAGACGAGAAGGACAAGAUUACAAAUGGUUCUCUCCAGCCAUCCUACUGUUCCUCAUCAGCAUCAUUCCGUCGAUGUGGAUUCUAGAGCUGCAUCAUCAACAGAACAAACAAAGCGACAAUAAGUGCGAGAAAGUGAACUCCUGGACAAAUUUAAGAAGCUCGUUUUCGAACGAACACCUAUAUAGCUUAGACAAGGUGCACUCUAGCAUUUGUCCCAACGCCUGGAUCCUGGCCCUCCAUCAGUUCCUUCUCAUCUUCCUCAUCGUGGGCAAGUGGGUCCUUCCCCGUGGGGGCGGGGUUACGAGAGACGAACUCUCCCAGCUCCUGCUCAUCUUCGUUGGCACGGCAGCAGAUAUCCUGGAGUUCACCAACGAAACGCUCUCCGAUGUCAAAGAGAACAGCCCCCAUCUGGUCUACAUCAUUCUAGCAGUGUGGACCUGGAGCAUGGUCCAGUUCCCGCUGCAUCUGGCUGUGGUGAACUCCAAACCUAAGUCGGAGACUGAGGGCCAGGACGUGGGUAUCCUGGACAGACGAAGCACGGACAUCUGGACCAUAGCUGAGAGCCUGUUCCUCCAGGACGGGCCCUUUCUGGUCGUCCGGCUCAUCGUCAUGAUCCGCUUUGAUGUUUUCAACCAGAUGUUGGUUUUCUUCACCAUCAAGAACUUCCUGAUGGUCAUAUUGAACUUGUACCGACUGGGUAUCAUCUGCUAUAACUUUAAGCGGUCAAGAAGCAGGAGUGCUGUCUUCUGAAUGGGGAAGGAAAGGGAGAGGAGGCCAGAGGCAUGGCCGGAUUAACCAUAUGGGCAACUGCCCAGGGGCACCAAGACUCCACGGUCAACAUGCAACCAAUGUAUUUUUUUUAUUUAUUUUUUUAUAUAUAUAUAUAUAUAUAUUAUUUUCUUUAUAUAUAAUUAAAAAAUAGAU